GAAAAUACAUGCUUUUCGAAUCUACAAGGAGUCACUAGUGAAAAUGGCACAGCAACCAGAAGAUAAGAAACCAGAUUUCAGUAAUUUUCCGAGAGGAGCGAUUGGAAUUAAAGGCCUACCUGUUGGACGUAAUGCAAGGCUACCAUCAAUUAGAUCACCACGGGACCUAACUUUAGGAUCUCAACCAAAGAGAACUUUUACACCAAAUAUACCUGUUCGACGGGAAAAGAAACCCACUGAUUUAGCAAAAGGUGGUGGCGAGUCCAGUUCCGAAGGCGUAUCUAAUCGAAACAACAAAAAUGCUACUCCAAGAGCAGAGAGAGGUCGUGGUCGAGGCAGAGGAAAAGGCCAGAUUAUACAAUUGGAAGGCGCUCUAUUUGGAGAAGGCAUUGCUCCAUCAGCAGUUAAAGGUUCCUUCAGGCAAAGAGAAAGCAUCCCAAGGUCUGAAUUCUCUUCUGGAAGACCUUAUAUUAAGAAAGAAAAGUCUGAAUAUGAUAUACAACAUAUGGAACAAGAAAUGAAGUUGCUCUUAAGAGAUGAUUUCAUUGAUGAUGGAGAUGAUUCUAAUUCUGGGGACGAAUCUAUGAAACCUGUUAUUUUUCCUGUUAAAGAAAUCAAAGGGAAGCAAGAGAAACUUGAAAAGGAUGAAGAAAAGCCAGAGAAUUUCCAAAAUCAAGAUUUUGCUAAAACAAUGGGUUUCAAUGUUGAAAAAAUAGCAAAAUUUAUUAAAAAGGAGAAAACAGAAGAUGCUGAUCUUGUAGCAGAGCCUGAUUGGUCAAAAGUUCCAAGAAAUGAAGUUACAGAGCUUUUAACAAGUAGAGAUUCACCAUUUUUUCUACUCCAAAUACCUCAGUGUAUUACUACUCAAGCAAAUGAUUAUCAAUCAAAAGCUGUUGAGAAUCCUGUCUCAAGUGACGAGAAAAAGAAUGUAACAACACUAGCCUCAAUGUCAGAAGGAACAAUUGGAAAACUACAGAUUUUAAAGUCUGGUCGUGCAAGGCUGAAAAUUGGUUCCCUAGACUUUUAUAUUAGUGAUAUGUGUCCCUUAAUUGGAAAACAUGAACUGGUUUCAAUAAAAAUUGAUUCUGGUUCAGGUGAUCUUGCGUCAUUAGGAAAUUGUGAAAAAUCACUCAUUUUAGAACCCGAUAUAGACUCUUUAAUGCCAGAUAUAAAAACUAGCAAAUCUUAACAAAUGAAUGAGGCUCUAAUUCUUGAUUUUAAUGUGAUUCAUCUUCAGUGCAAAUAAGUCAAUUUUAUGGCUGUUUGAAAUAUGAGCUUAGUCAUGUUUGUGAUGUACUGGAAGGAUGUCUUUUAGUGUAUGAAGUUUUAUGUUAUUUGAGCAUUUUAAAUGAAUUUAUUGUAAAAUAUCUGUGUUUUUUAUGUAUACAGAAUUUGUAUGUUUUGUUUCCAAAUUUGCUUGUUUUGUUUGAAUGAAAUAGUUGAGGUAAUUUUUC